GUAGGUGAAUGUCACUGAAUUAGGUUAGAAUGUUAGAAAUAAACAACAUUAUUAUCAUUAUCAUACAUAAUUAUAUCAAAUUAUAAUAUCUCUGGGUUUGAUUUUAUUGAAAAUUAAGAUACCGAUACUUGAUUUAGUGAUGGAAAUCGAUGUCAAAACAGAGGAGGGAGAAAAGGAGGAAAAACCUAUUGUGGAAACAAAAUCAUCAUUGGAAAUACUCUCAGAAUUAUUCAGUACUUUCGAUGCCGACCCACCGGUUUUAAUCGAAGAUGAAUUGUCGAACGGGAGUAAGAAACCCAAGAAGAAAAAGAAACACAAAAGCAAGGAUAAAAAACACAAGAAGAAAAGUAAAAAGAGAAAACGAAGUAGAAGUCGUAGUAGCAGUAGCAGCUCUAGUGAGUUGGAAUUUGACUUGGCCAAGCUCCUUGUUAAACAGGAUGAAUCUGCAGAGAAGAGGAUUAAAAUCGAAGGUACUGAGUUGUCACUGAGUUUAGAUAAAAUCAAUGAAAAAGAACCAGAGGAGGAUAUUGAUGUGAAACCACAUAUUGCCGAGUUGGCUAAAGGGAAAGAAAAUGAGGAAGGCGAAAUAUCUUGUGAUGAUGAUCAUUCAGAACAUAAAAAACACAAAAGCAAACAUAAACAUAAAAAACGGAAAUCUAAAGAUAAAAUUGAGAAACAUGCAGAAAAAUCAUCAGAUGACAUUUCUAAUUCUAAACAUCGACACAGGAGUUCAUCCCGGCAUAAGUCAGCAAAGGAGAAGGAUGCAGUAGACGAGUUUUAUAAGAAUAAAGAUGAUUCCAGAAAUGAUCGAAAUAGAUCUCGAUCCCCCCACAAACAUACAGAUUUGAGGCAUAAAAUUAAGGAGAAUGCACAUAAAUAUUCCAGUGAUAGUCACAAAGAUGAUAAAGAAUAUUGUGAUGCUCGUUACAAGGCCGAUUAUAAGUCAAAUAAGCAUAGCAGAUACAGUCAUAUUCAUGAUGAUGAUUUUUAUAGAGGACGAGAUAGAGAUAGGAGUUACGACAGGACAAAUAAAGAUGAUUUUUAUGGCAGGGGGAGUUUUGAUAGGAAUAGAGAUGAUAGAUGGAAGAGGUCGAGGGAUGAUAGCAGAGAAAAUAAAUAUAGAGAUAGGAGAUAUUCUCCAGACAAAGACUCCUCAUAUAUAGACAAGAAAAAAUUGCUGGAGAUAGCAAGAAAGAAUGCCAUACAAAUGAUGAAAUCUGGAAAUUUACCAGGAGCCUUAAGUUUGGGCCCUCAGGCACAAGAAAAAGUUAUUGCAGCUAUCAGAGCUGGUGGUAAAACGAUAGAGGAAUUGACAGAUUUCUGCAAGACUCUAGCAACAAAAGAAGAUUUGGGUGAACUUUCCGAUGUGGAAAAUGAUAAGGGCAGUGGAGACAGCGACAACGAUAAACUAUUCAACCAUCCUUUCCAGAUUAAAGAUAGGCCUACAACAAUCACAAUGAACAUAAAAAAUUCUGUUCCCUUGCCUAUAAAAAGUACUCAAGAAAGAACUACAGAACUGAGAAUGCAAUUUCCGGUUAGUAGCGGACAGCAUCAUCGUAAAAACGAAAAUGAAUGGAUUCCUGUGGAGCCUAAGAAGGACGUGGCCCCCCCUGCACCUAAACCUUCCAUUGUGUUAACCAAAGAAGUUGUUCCUAUUACACCAUUGGUACCCCCAGCUAAUAGUGCACCUUUUUUGUCCACAGUGCCUGUCCCAGCACCUGUAUCUUCAGCUGUUCCCACACAGCAGCAAAUAGAUAUUGGAGCGAUCGUUUCCCAAAGGCUGACCGCUAUGCGGAAACUCCAAGAGAACCCCCACGAUGUACAAGCCAUUUCACAGAUAUAUCAGUCGACCAAAGAGGUUCAGUCUUGGGCUGAAAGUAAACAGCAGCCAGGACAAUUUACUGGAACUGUCGGAGGAAAUUUUUUGUCUCACUCAGAAUUAUCAUCCGGUUAUCAAGCCUGGGCCAGAAAGGAUCAACUCCAAUGUGCCGCCCCUGUGUCUGGUGGCAUGGGCAUGCAUUUGCUGCAAAAAAUGGGGUGGAAGCCGGGUGAAGGUUUGGGCAAGGAAAAAACCGGAGCCCUUGAACCGUUGCUUCUGGAAGUUAAACUGGACAAGAGAGGUCUAGUUGCCACCGAGGAAUCCCAGAAAAAAAAGAAGAAUAAGCAAUUACCGAAACCGCCUCAGAACCCCAACGGCAAGCAUCCAGUUUCUCUGUUGGGGGAAUAUGCGUGCAAGAACAAGCUAGGGGCCCCCUUGUACGAGCUGUGCUUCGAGUGCGGACCAGAUCAUAAGAAGAACUUUUUGUUCAAGGUUUCAUUGAAUGGAAUGGAAUUCCAACCAAACGUUGCAAGUCCAAAUAAGAAAGAAGCAAAAGCGAAUGCCGCCUUGUUAUGCUUGCAAAAAUUAGGUAUUGUACCGCAAUAAAUUGAGUCAAAAUCGAAAUCUCAUUGAUAUAUUGAUUUGUUAUGAGUUAUAUUAAAUUGUUAUCUUUUUAAAUAAAUAAUGAACAAAUA